GUCAAGUUUAAGAUAAUUAGGUUAUGUUACAGUGACCAGUGAUUUACUGAAAAGCGCGUUAUUAACAAAAAUAUCUGAAAAUGUCUUCAGUUUUAGUGCCUGAAAUACCUGCUGAAGGAUUUUCGUUUGAUUUGUGUCAACGAAAUGGACUUCUCGCAAAUAAAGGUUAUCAAGUACCAAAAGCACAAAAAACAGGUACCACAAUUGCUGGUAUUAUUUUUAAAGAUGGAGUUAUAUUGGGCGCUGAUACAAGAGCAACUAACGAUACAAUUGUAGCGGAUAAAAAUUCGGAAAAAAUUCAUUAUCUUGCUCAGCACAUUUAUUGUUGUGGAGCUGGAACCGCUGCUGAUACAGAAAUGACAAAUCAAAUGAUUUCAAGUCAAUUGGAAUUGCAUCGUCUUAAUACUGGACGUAUUGUACCCAUAAGAACUGCAAAUAAAAUGCUUUGUCAACUUUUGUUUCGUUAUCAAGGACAAAUUGGUGCUGCAUUAGUACUUGGUGGUGUUGAUCUAAAGGGACCGCAUCUUUUCUGCAUUUAUCCUCAUGGAUCCUCCGAUAGCUUACCAUACACUACAAUGGGCUCAGGAUCUUUGGCUGCCAUGUCAGUUUUUGAAAGUCGAUGGAGACCAGAUUUAACGGAAGAAGAAGGUAAAGUACUAGUGGCAGAUGCAAUUCGCGCUGGUGUUUUCAACGAUUUAGGCUCAGGAAAUACAAUUGAUUUAUGUGUGAUUCGUAAGGGUUCAACGGAAUAUAUUCGACCUUACGAGGUAGCCAAUGUAAAAGGUGAACGACAAGAGUCUUAUCGCUAUAAACGUGGAACCACAGCUGUGCUUAACAAAAUUGUACGACCAAUUAUCGUCGAAGAGGAAACUGUUCGUCGAGUGGACUCCGACUCCAUGGACACCUCAUCAUAAGUUAAUUUUUAUUUUAUAUUAAAAUUUUACUAUAUACAAUUUUUCCUUCAUAAAUAAAUCUCGCAAAUUUUCACAGGA